AUCGAAUGUACGCGUCGUUCGACGCGUUUCGAGAAGAGAGCGUCGAGAAAUUUCGAAAAGAGAGCGCCGGGGUAUAAAUACGGCUGAAAUUUUCUCUUCGCCACAAUUGAAUUCAAGCAAGCGACGUGAUAACAUCACAAACCAAAACAAGCGACUAGCUGAACAAGCUAAAAAUACAAACUAAAGAGUUUUAACGAUUUUCAACAACAGUUUAAAUAAAAUCCAAGUGAAAAGUAAAGUUUAAACAAAUUAAGAAAGAGAUUUCCACAACAACAACAAAUAAAAGCGAUUCAUCUCGAGCGAAGAAUCAGAGAACACACAGAAUGCCAGCCAUUGGUAUUGAUUUGGGCACCACGUACUCGUGCGUGGGUGUCUAUCAGCAUGGCAAGGUGGAGAUAAUUGCCAAUGACCAGGGCAAUAGGACGACGCCCAGCUAUGUGGCUUUCACAGAUUCGGAGCGCCUCAUUGGCGACGCGGCCAAGAACCAGGUGGCGAUGAACCCCAAGAACACAGUAUUCGAUGCGAAGCGUCUAAUUGGACGCAGGUACGAUGAUCCCAAGAUAGCGGAGGACAUCAAGCACUGGCCCUUCAAGGUGGUCAGCGACGGAGGCAAGCCCAAGAUUGGCGUCGAGUUCAAGGGGGAGCAGAAGCGUUUUGCGCCCGAGGAGAUCAGCUCGAUGGUGCUGGUGAAGAUGAAGGAGACGGCGGAGGCGUACCUGGGCCAGAGCAUCACGGACGCGGUCAUCACAGUGCCCGCCUAUUUCAACGACUCGCAGCGCCAGGCUACCAAAGAUGCCGGCCACAUAGCCGGCCUGAACGUGCUGAGGAUCAUCAACGAGCCGACGGCGGCGGCACUGGCCUAUGGCCUGGACAAGAAUCUGAAGGGCGAACGCAAUGUGCUCAUCUUCGAUCUGGGCGGCGGCACCUUUGAUGUCUCCAUUCUAACCAUCGACGAGGGCUCACUGUUCGAGGUGCGGUCAACGGCUGGAGACACACAUUUGGGCGGCGAGGACUUUGACAACAGACUGGUAACCCAUCUGGCGGAGGAGUUCAAGCGCAAGUACAAGAAGGAUCUGCGCUCCAAUCCUCGCGCCCUGCGCCGCCUGCGCACUGCGGCGGAGCGAGCCAAGCGCACGCUCUCGUCGAGCACAGAGGCUACCAUUGAGGUGGACGCGCUGUUCGAGGGCCACGACUUCUACACGAAGGUGAGCCGUGCCCGGUUCGAGGAGCUGUGCGCCGAUCUGUUCCGCAACACACUGGCGCCAGUGGAGAAGGCGCUCAACGAUGCCAAGAUGGACAAGCAGCAGAUCCACGAUAUUGUGCUCGUCGGUGGCUCGACACGCAUUCCCAAGGUGCAGAGCCUGCUUCAGCAGUUCUUCGGCGGCAAGAGCCUCAACCUUUCCAUCAAUCCCGACGAGGCGGUGGCCUAUGGCGCCGCAGUCCAAGCAGCCAUACUUAGCGGCGACCAGAGCGGCAAGAUCCAGGACGUGCUCCUGGUGGACGUUGCGCCCCUUUCAUUGGGCAUCGAGACUGCCGGCGGCGUCAUGACCAAGCUGAUUGAACGAAACUCCCGAAUCCCGUGCAAGCAGACGAAGACCUUCUCAACGUACUCUGACAACCAGCCGGGCGUCUCCAUUCAGGUGUACGAGGGCGAGCGCGCCCUCACGCAGCACAACAAUUCGCUGGGCACGUUCGAUUUGUCUGGCAUACCGCCGGCACCGCGUGGCGUGCCCCAGAUCGAGGUCACCUUCGACAUGGACGCCAAUGGUAUCCUGAACGUGACGGCCAAGGAGAUGAGCACCGGCAAGGCCAAGAACAUUACCAUCAAGAACGACAAGGGCCGCCUGUCGCAGGCAGAGAUCGACCGCAUGGUGAACGAGGCCGAGCGCUACGCGGACGAGGAUGAGAAGCACCGGGAGCGCAUCACGGCUCGCAACAGCCUCGAGAGCUACGUCUUCGGCGUCAAGCAGGCCGUGGAGCAGGCCAGUCCCGACAAGCUGAGCGACAGCGACAAGUCCUCCGUGCUGGAGAAGUGCAGCGAGACCGUCAAGUGGCUCGACGCCAACACCACAGCCGACAAGGAGGAGUUCGAGUACAAACUGAAGGAGCUCACUCAGCACUGCUCCCCCAUUAUGACCAAGCUGCACCAGCAGGGACAGCCGCAGGGCAACGCCAACUGUGGUCAGCAGGCGGGCGGCUUCGGUGGUGCCGGUGGCUACCAAGGACCCACCGUGGAGGAAGUCGACUAAAUGCAUUCCCCCAUACUUCUAGUAUUUAGUUUUAACUUUAUGUUCCUCGGACUGAUUAAGAUUUUUGGUUGAGAUAUAGCCAUUAAUUUUAUGCCAAACACUCACUAGUUAAGAGAGCUAAUUGUUAAACUAUUCCUAAGUUAGCAACAAAUUAUAGAAUAAACCAUUAAUUUAUUAUUUUAAAAAGAAA